AUGAGUGCCGCCAAAAAUAUCCGCCGGGACGGCCUGCAGGUGGUGGACGAGGACCGGUACGGCUCGGUGUGCCCGCCGCAGCGGAGCAGCAUGGACCCGGUGCGCACGCCCGCCUGGGGCGAGUCGGUCACCCGGUACGACUUCAAGAGCCCCCACGGCCCCGGCGUCCGGGCGAGGCGAGCUGAGAAGUUGAGCUACUACCAGAGAUUCAUGGACGAUAUGUGCCAGUCAUCGCACAUCCUGGACAGGGUGGCUGAGUUCGGCACUCUGGGCGGCAGCAUCACCCAGUACCAGGACGACUUCUGUCAGCGUCUGCCGUCCCAGGAUCUCCAAAACCGAUACAGGUCUCGGCAGCCGCAGGUGGUCAACCCUUCAGGUCUCUACAGCCGCAGGUGA